AUGUAUUGUGCUCAUCCUGUCUCCGGCACAGGCAACAACUCAUUGAUGUAUUGCUACAACAUGAAACCAGUUUAUGGGCAGUCUCCCACUAAUGACGACAUCAACCAGAACUCAUCUUCACAUCCGUCCAUCAAGGCCCCCAGCAAUGUGUUCGCAAGCACCUUCUUUGAGGGGACAAGCAAUUCGCCCGACAUCUGGAAUGCUGUAAAUGGACUGAACCAGCAGGGCUAUGAAGGUGCACUGGGAGCAGCCACAACCCACCAAACACAGCCGGGGAAUUACAGCAACCUGCAACCGCCACACAAUCACCUGGACUACUCCCCGCAUUCUGUGAUGGCUGCUGAUAUGAACAGGGGCCUCCCACCAAUGUCCACAUUUCACCGCAACAAUACAGCACCACGCACUCCAUCAAUCAACACCUCAGAGAAUUCAACAGUCUCAGGGAGCCAGAGAAAUGUGUCAGGAGGGUCACAAACAGGCGAUACCUUGGGCAAAGCUCUGGCCUCUAUUUAUUCCCCCGAUCACACCAGCAGCAGCUUCCCCUCCAGUUCAUCCACACCAGUGAGGUCUCCGUCCCCGAUGCCGAACGCAGCUGAACCUGCAGGUACCAACAUGUGGCCCCGGAGUUCAGUUCAGGCACCAGUCUCACCACACUAUGAGUCUUCACUUAUAUCACUGUCUCAGGUGGAGGACCGACUGGACAGACUGGAUGAUGUGAUCCACGUCCUGAGGAACCACGCUGUGGGCCCCACGUCUGGUCUGCCUUCUGACAUCCACGGCCUGCUGAACCAGACCCACCAGGGCCACCCGGGAUCUGCCAGCACUCUACCGCUCACCUGUCACACUCCAGCCAUGGUUGAAGCUGUCAGUAUGAACAACAACCACUCAGCCUUCCAGAGCCGCACACAAAAUGGCCACCCUUACCCAGCCAGGCAGAGGACCACGCUUCAGUCCAUGCAAAGUGGAGGCAGAGGAGGUCCAGGAGUUCAGGGUAAUCUGGAGCUGAAGAUGGAGAGCGCGGAAAGGGAAGAGAUGAUGCACACCAAUCACAGUCACAGCUCUGACAGCCAGAGAUCAGAUGAGGAGAGUGAGCACAAAACACAAGGAGAAAUCAGUGGAGGGAACAGUAUCCAUGAGGAUGAGGACCUGAGCCCGGAACAGAAGGCCGAACGUGAGCGCGAGAGGAGGAUGGCCAACAACGCCCGUGAACGUCUGCGUGUGCGGGACAUCAACGAGGCUUUCAAGGAGCUGGGUCACAUGUGUCAGCUGCACCUGAAGAGUGAGAAGCCACAGACCAAACUGCUGGUGCUGCACCAGGCCGUAGCAGUGAUCCUCAGCCUGGAACAACAAGUCAGAGAGAGGAACCUGAAUCCGAAGGCAGCGUGUCUGCGGAGGAGAGAGGAAGAGAAGGCGUCUGCAGUCAUGACGGAUCCACAGUCCAUGCAUCUGGCUUUCCAUCCCAGUCUGACGGACCCAGCCAACCCCAUGGGCCACCUCUGAGCAUCUGAUAAUGACUACAUCAAAUCCAACAUCAAAUAUUGAGUGAAGAGCAUCUCAGCAGCAUCCAGCUGUUUUUGGAGGUCCAGCGUUUCGUCUGAAUUCGAAACCAAACCAGCGAAGAGGUCGACCUCUCUGUUUGUAAAGUGUGAUGCAGUCGAACAAUCAUCUCCUCACUCCCUGAACGGACUUUCUAACUUUGUGCCUAAACUUUACUUGUAACAGACAAAUGCAUUGUAAGCUGCAGAUGUUUUGUACAUAUUUUGUAUAUUUAUUGAUUAUCUGUCUGUUUGAAUAUAUCUGAGAGGAUGAAACCCGGUAGUGACAAGGUGUCAUCUGCAAAGCUAGAUAUGUUUCUGACUGACUUUUACAGUGUAUCACUAUUUACCACGUACACUCGUGAUUUCCACCGAGCUCAGAGGACUGACAUUCCCACAUUUGUGUGUUCAGACAGCGGAUUUCAUU